GCCUAGUUCGGCAAGUGUGGAAACUGGACUUUUAUAGUCAGUUAACUCACUUGCCUCGGGAAGAUGACCACUGUAUGGUAAGGGUUACCAUUUGACCAUGGAAUGUUUUUCACUUCUCCCACUUUUAUUCAGGUUCUAUCUGACAAGCGGCAAUGAAAUAUCCUUGUACAUCACAUGGUCUGAUAAUAGGAAAGAAAGCCCCUUGACCAGUGUUCACAAUGGCUAUUGUUUUUGUUUUUUGAAAGAGUAGGAUCUAAGUCUUCACCAAACUGCUUCAGGGAAGUAAGAAAGUCCAAAGCGGUUCAGUACAGUCACACAUGGGAGGCGUGGACAUGGGCCCCGUCGCACAAAGCGAUCUUAGCACUAAGGUGAUCGUAACUCCCAUACUUUAACAGAGGCUUCCGAUCAUCGUAGCGCUAAGAUCCCUUUGUAGAACGGGGUCCUGGCAGACAAACAGCUGCAGUAUUAUAUCGUGCUCCGCAGGUGUUGUAAGUCAUGGAAAAGGGUGUUUUUGUACCUCAUGGAACUUUCUUUCAUUAAUGCACUUUUCAAAGCUGCAAACCGUGGUGAGAGGGUCAAUUCUGAGAAAUUAAGAUUGGUCGUUGCAACAAAAUUCCUGGAGGGAUACGAGCGACUUAAAUGUGGAAAACCUGGGCGUCCCGCAGCCAUCCUGGAACGUUCUGCAGCCACCCUGGAACGUCCUGCAGUCAUCCUGGAGCGUCCUGCAGUCAUCCUGGAGCGUCCUGCAGCCAUCCUGGAGCGUCCUGCAGUCAUCCUGGAGCGUCCUGCAGUCAUCCUGGAGCGUCCUGCAGUCAUCCUGGAGCGUCCUGCAGCCACCCUGGAACGUCCUGCAGUCAUUCUGGAACGUCCUGCAGUCAUCCUGGAGCGUCCUGCAGCCACCCUGGAACGUCCUGCAGUCAUUCUGGAACGUCCUGCAGUCAUCCUGGAGCGUCCUGCAGCCACCCUGGAGCGUCCUGCAGCCAUCCUGGAACGUCCUGCAGUCAUCCUGGAACGUCCUGCAGCCAUCCUGGAACGUCCUGCAGCCACCCUGGAGCGUCCUGCAGCCACCCUGGAGCGUUCUGCAGCCAUCCUGGAACGUCCUGCAGUCAUUCUGGAACGUCCUGCAGCCAUCCUGGAACGUCCUGCAGCCAUCCUGGAGCGUCCUGCAGCCAUCCUGGAACGUCGUGCAGUCACCAUGGAACGUCCUGCAGCCACCCUGGAGCGUCUUGCAGCCACCCUGGAACGUCCUGCAGCCACCCUGGAACGUCCUGCAGCCAUCCUGGAACGUCCUGCAGUCACCCUGGAGCGUCCUGCAGCCACCCUGGAGCGUCCUGCAGUCACCCUGGAACGUCCUGCAGCCACCCUGGAGCGUCCUGCAGCCACCCUGGAGCGUCCUGCAGCCACCCUGGAGCGUCCUGCAGUCAUCCUGGAACGUCCUGCAGUCACCCUGGAGCGUCCUGCAGCCAUCCUGGAACGUCCUGCAGUCAUCCUGGAGCGUCCUGCAGCCACCCUGGAACGUCCUGCAGUCAUCCUAGAGCGUCCUGCAGCCACCCUGGAACGUCCUGCAGUCAUCCUGGAGCGUCCUGCAGCCAUCCUGGAACGUCCUGCAGCCACCCUGGAACGUCCUGCAGCCAUCCUGGAACGUCCUGCAGCCACCCUGGAACGUCCUGCAGCCAUCCUGGAACGUCCUGCAGCCACCCUGGAACGUCCUGCAGCCAUCCUGGAACGUCCUGCAGCCACCCUGGAACGUCCUGCAGUCAUCCUGGAGCGUCCUGCAGCCACCCUGGAACGUCCUGCAGCCAUCCUGGAGCGUCCUGCAGUCAUCCUGGAGCGUCCUGCAGCCACCCUGGAACGUCCUGCAGUCAUCCUGGAACGUCCUGCAGUCAUCCUGGAACGUCCUGCAGCCACCCUGGAGCGUCCUGCAGCCACCCUGGAACGUCCUGCAGUCAUCCUGGAACGUCCUGCAGCCACCCUGGAGCGUCCUGCAGCCACCCUGGAACGUCCAGGAGCCACCCUGGAACGUCCUGCAGCCACCCUGGAGCGUCCUGCAGCCAUCCUGGAACGUCCUGCAGCCACCCUGGAGCGUCCUGCAGCCACCCUGGAGCGUUCUGCAGCCAUCCUGGAACGUCCUGCAGUCAUUCUGGAACGUCCUGCAGCCAUCCUGGAACGUCCUGCAGCCAUCCUGGAGCGUCCUGCAGCCAUCCUGGAACGUCGUGCAGUCACCAUGGAACGUCCUGCAGCCACCCUGGAGCGUCUUGCAGCCACCCUGGAACGUCCUGCAGCCACCCUGGAACGUCCUGCAGCCACCCUGGAGCGUCCUGCAGCCACCCUGGAGCGUCCUGCAGCCACCCUGGAGCGUCCUGCAGUCAUCCUGGAACGUCCUGCAGUCACCCUGGAGCGUCCUGCAGCCACCCUGGAGCGUCCAGGAGCCAAGCUGCCGAAACCCGGUCACCUCACCUGGUUUGUGACCUGUGUGCUGUGCAUAUGACCACUUGCAAUUGCGAAUAUCCUAUCGCAUUCAGGAAUGCAUGAACGCCACUUCGAAACAACAAAUUUUUCACGCUCAUUUUCGCGCCCUGUUGUGGAGGGUGGUCAUUGCCUAUAGGCGAUAGCUGUAGACGUAUUGCGUUAGACACAAUUAUUAUAGUAAAAACAAGUCAUCAGCCUACCCCACACUUACAAGAAUAAUAUCGUUAUUUGAACUUAAAACAAAAGGGUGAUCUUUAAAUCAACAAAACUUCAAAUGAAGAUACUGAGAAACUUGCCUGUGUCAUGUUGACAUAUAGCUACGGAUAUCCACUACGGUUUCCGUGUCACGGGAGAAUACACGGUCCAGCCGGUAUAAUAAUAUGCCACUCAUAUAGUCAAAGUCACAUUAUUUCUAAUGAGUGUAUAUUAAUUAUAUCCUGUAGUGAUCUGUGUUUUUAGUGGGUGGGACAGACGAAAUAUUUCCAAAUUAAGUGACAUAUUUUUUCAACGAAUGAUAUCAGCUUUUAAAUUAAAGAUAUCGGAGAUAUGAGAAUUGCAAUCAGCACAAACUUAACAAUUUAAACAUGUUCCUAAUAUGAAACGCAUUCACAUUCAAUAACGUGAUUCAGGUUAAUUCAUGAAAAUAUACAUGUUUUACCUCUGUAUGUUUGAAAAUGUCAGGAUAUUUGUUUCAUGAUAAUGUGUAUUUUUUAUCCGGAAUUAACGUGCGAAAUAUUGCUUCAUUCAGCCCGUGUUUAAUGAAGCAUAGACUGUUUGAAAUCACCCACCCUCUUUACAGCGCCUUGUGCUACACUUAAUCCAGGGCCAAGAAAUGGGGAAACAAUUCAGCAGCUGAAACCAAUCCAGCGUCACAUAUCCUAAACUGAUGCAGGUGAUACAUCAUUAUCACUUCAGUGAAACCCACGAUCACGAUCACGAUUUCGACCCACUGUCAGCGGAUCCUGACACAACUAAUCAACGCAACUCUGUCAACGCUUGUGCUAUACCAGCCUCGUGUCGAUUUGCUAGAAAUCGAUUGUAAAUAUCUUGGUUAGCAGCAGGGAAUGAUUAACCCCAGCAAGGUCAAAUAAUACCACAUGCAAUAUUAAUAAUAUCGCCCAUAUUCGUUAAUUUGAUAUGGGAAAGACCCGCGAUGAUCCGAUGAGAAUAGGUCUUCAGCAACCCAUGCGGUAAAAGGCAUCUAUGCUUGUCGUUAGAGGCGACUAACAGGGUCGGGUGGCCAGGCUUGCUGACUUGGUUGAUGCAUGUCAUUAUAUCCGAAUU